AUGAGAAACUAUAAAAGAAAAACAGAAAGAGGUACAACUAGUAAAGAAGUUUAUGAAUCUGCUGGAGCAGAAGUACUGCAGAAUAAAAUGAGCAUUCGUAGCGCAAGCGAAAUGUUUAAUUUGUGUCCGAUGUCCUUAUCCAGAUAUGUCAGAAAAAACAAAAACAACGAAAGUUGUUUAUUGGGUUACGUUAAACCUAGAUUGAUAUUCUCACAAGAAACAGAACAUGAAUUAGCUUCCUAUCUACUCAAACGUUCAGAAAUAUAUUUUGGUUUACUACCAAUAGAAGUUCGAAAAUUAGCUUACCAAUGUGCUGUAAAACUCAAUUUAAAAAAUAUUCCCCCCAGCUGGCUUAAAAAUAAUACGAACUCUGCUCUCACAAUUUACAACCAUUACACGUGGGAGUUUAUGGUCCUUUUAAAAACCACCUUAAUCGAGCACAGACAGCCUGGAUGUAUAAUCCUGGAAAAGCAAGAAGCUCGAAAACAAUCCAUCCGUACUCGUCGUAAACGCAAAUCCGCUGUCUUAACCGACACGCCUGAAAAAGACUCAUUAAAAAAGAGUAUGAAGAAAAACUGGCCAAGACCAAAAAAUGUG